UUGGUCGCGUCGGUUGAAGGAGUCGGAUUGUUCAGAUGCUGAAAUAACGGUAAACGUGGACGUUAUUUUAACUCGCGACGCCCUUGUAUACGCCUGUGUGUGUGUAUGUGUGUUUGCGGAGUCGAAAACAAAUAGCAAAACGCAGAGCGAAAAAGCAAAAGGGCCGCCGCGCUGAAGGGGAAUCAUAGAGCAGGAAUUUUCGCAAAAAAAGAAAACGGCGAGGCGGACGGGGGUGGCGACAAUCCUGGUUUUCUGCGCCCGCUUUUUAGUGUUACCACCCCCCCACAGCGGCAAAGGCAAAAGCAACAAUAACAGCAAGAACACAACAAAAUUCGUUUACGUAUGAACCGUUAACUGCUGCGCCAUUCAGAAAAACAAAAUAACAAAGGCAAAGAAGAGAAAGCAGCAACAAAAAUCAAAGAAGGAGAUUAAUAAAAAAUACAGAAAAAGUAAAAGAGAAAGCCAAUAAAAAACAAUAAGUGCCCAGACGAGAAGUCAGUGAAGCGGGAGCAGAGCCAGAAAAUAGGCAACAAAAAAGUUUUUCCGAAAAUAAAUCCAGCUAAGGAGAUUUUGACAUAAAUAAAUAAACAAAAUAAACAAACAAAUAAAUAAACAAGCAUUUUGGAAGGGAAAUAUAAUAAAACAAUUGGACUGUAAUAGACGAAGAACUCUCUAAUCCAAAUUAAAAGUAAAUUUUGUUUCGUAAUUACAAUACUAUUAAAAUUCCACACAACCAAAAACUACCAAAAAAUAUACUAAAAUAAUUAUAAUAAGUGAAAAGUGAGUUUUACUCAAUAUCGUAAUGCUUCAAAUUCAACAAAAAUAUCGUAAACUUAUAAACACACUCAAAAACAAAGAGAAGAAAGAACUUAAUUAAGUGAUUAACUAUUAAAUCAACAAAUUACAACAUAAAAACAGAGACUUGAGAUUAAAACAUGCUUAAAAAUCGGUUGGGAAUUAUAUGAGGUCUCUCCACCGCUGGAUUGCAUCAUCAUCCGUUGAGGGCGUGGCUCAGAAUCAGAUGUAAUGUUCAUCUGUCAAGCAGGACCUUUCAUCAAUCAUCACACCUCAUCCACAUCAUCCACAUCUACGUCAGCCUCACUAUCAUCGCCAUUAUCAUCGAACGAGGCAUCUCCUUCGGACGCAUCAACAAGAUGUCCACAACACAAGCUGUACUAGGACCCGGACCCAAAGGAGCCAACGGAGUCAGGCCGACGGAGGCAACGGACCACAUCAUAACCAUCAGCACUGCCAGCCUAACCGAGUCGGGCAGCGAGGAGCCAGUAAAGGGAGCAGUGCCUACCUCACCUGUCACCAAAACCCUGGGAAGCGGAUUUCCCUCAUCGCCGCCGACAUCGUCCAGUGAGCAGAAGCAGAGCCAAGCCCUCGGUCUGUGCCGGCUAUCGCAGCUGGUUAGCUAUCAGAAUAACAUCGCCGAUGUGCAGCACCGGCGGGGAAGACGCCUCCACGGACUGCAGCUGCCCCUGCAUCCCCUUCAGCUCUUCGGCUGGCUGGUGCUCCUUCUGUUCGGCGUGGCCAGCUACUGGGUGCUCAUACCGGCCUUUCACACGCCCCUGCAGGGACCCCUCUAUGGUCUGAUCACCGGCCUCUAUCUGGUCCACAUUGCCUCCCAUCUCACCGCCCUGCUGACGGAUCCCGCGGACAAGGAGCUCCGGCGGGUGCAUCGCAACGAUCGGAUCGUGCCCGAAUUCGAUCGGACGAAGCACGGUCACGUGAUCGAGAACGGGCGGUGCCAUCUGUGCAACAUCCGGACCUCGUCGAGCCGCACGAAGCACUGUUCGGUGUGCAACAAGUGCGUGGGCAAGUUCGAUCACCACUGCAAGUGGCUGAAUCACUGCAUCGGCUCGCGGAACUAUGUGGCCUUCCUGAUGUGCGUGGUCAGUGCGGUGGUGGCCACCCUCGUCAUCGUGGCCGCCGUGGUGGCGCAGAUCGUCUUCUACUACAUCCAGCCGGAGUGGCUGAGCUUCUACUGGUGUCGCCUGGGCUCCGAGGUGAACACGAGCCACCAUCACAUUGCCUUGGAUGGCGGCGACUAUAUAAACCUUACACUGAGCCUGGGCAUGGAGCAACAGCCUGCAAUGGAGGAAGAGGAGCAGCGGCGACGGGUAAUGGAUGAUGACGAUGAGCAGCUGCUGCUGUUACAGGCGAACGCCACCAUCUCCUCCACUCUGCCCACACUCCUGGAGAAUUUUACGGCGUUGAUUGAAGCUAGCACAACGCAGCCGGAAAUUUCACUCACCAAUCACACGGUAACACCUGUGGUCGGAGGAAUCGGAGUCAACGAGACCAUUUUCCUGCUCCUGCUGGGUGUCCUGGGCCUGCUGGCCGCUGUCAGCGCCGGCUUGCUGCUCCACCUGUGCUUCUUUCACAUCUACAUCUCGUUUUUGGGACUGACCACCUACGAGUAUAUCAGGAACCACCGUCAGGCACAGGAGGCCAAAGCCAAGCAGCUCCAGGAGGCCGCUCCUCCCACGGGAGUGGCCAAGAAUGGCAGUGUUCACUUCUCGGCCUCCAUGCCCGAGCCACACAUUCCGUCCAAGUCGUUGCCGGGCGGCCAGCAGCUUUACUGCUGUUCAAGUGCCCCGCAUCCCAGCCAGCAGCAGAACCAGGAGGCGGCGGCGGUGGGGCAAACGAGAGAGCAAUCCAUGAGGAUGCAUUGCUGCGCCAGCUCUAGGGAGUUCCACCAGAGCCGGCAGGCCAUCUACGUGUGCUCGGUGCUAGAGGAGCGGCGGGUUCCCCAGCAGGUUCAGUUGGAACAGGACACCCUGAGCAGCUUCCACUGCUGCUCCAGCUUCGCAGCCAGCUCCCUGCAGCGUCGCGUUAGCCUGGCCAAGGGUUCACUGCUCUCCGCGGAGCCGCGACCGCAACGACCGGCCACAUAUCUCCAGUACACAGAGCAGUGCACCCUGUGCACUUUCCGCCUGAGAAGGGGCACGGCAUCCGGAUCCUCGGGGGCUGUGAGCAGUGCCGGCGGAAGUAGUAGCACUCGCACUCUGACCAGUCAGACGGGCGGAUCCUCGUCGUCAGCGACAGCGGCUGGGAAUAUCUCAAAGCACCAGCGCUGGCGGAGGAAAUGGAACUGCUGCGCCUCGGUCCCUGAUAGUCCCGAUGUGCCCAAUGAUCUCCUUGCUGCCUUGACAUUCCGGGAGCGAGAAGAGGCGGCCGCUGCGGCCAAACUGAGUGCCCAGGAGCUGCCCCCCAUACAGUUCAUACGCACCCUGAACGGCGGUGUGGAUCAGGAACUGCCGCUGAAGCCUGCAACCAUCCCCUCGACGCCACCGAGGAGCUCCAGGCUGCGGCACAUGUUGCGCCUGCUGGGACGCUACCGAAGACCGCGCUGUCGUCAUGGUGGGCACCACGGCGGCAUUGCGGCGGGCAAGGAGCAUCACCAGAAUCAUGGUGGGUCCGGCAUCAAGCAGAAUCAAAUACGUCCGCUGCAGCUGCAGGCGGCGGGGCGUGGCUAUGCCACCUCGACAGCGACGCCCACACCGCCGGCCAGCUCGCCGAGCCGGAGUUCCCUGGAGAGCAGCGAGCUGAGCACCAGUCCAUCGAGCGGCGGGCAGAAGGAGGUGAUGCUGCUGCCCACAUCCGUGAUAAGGGACGACAGUGUGACCACCUACACGCUGACCUUGCCGCCCGCCCUGCCGCCGCCGACGAGGAGGAAAAUGAACCAGACCAGCCAGGAGCUGGCCGAGCUGGCCAAGACCUUGGGAUUCGCCAGCAACCUGCAGCAGCAAUCGUGCCAGACAAACAGCCGGACCUUGCCCAGUUUGGGCAACGUCUACCGGAGGCAGAGGAGAAAGCACUUCCUGAGGACCCGGUCCCCCACUCUGUCGCCCAUCCACGAAUCCGGCCUUUCGAAUCCAACCUCGCCGCAGCCACUGAGGCACCAUCAUCUUGCCAAUGCAACCAACUCCAAUCCGGCCAAAGCCACGUCCUCGCCAACGCUGCUUAAUCGCGGCACUCUGGGAUCCGGUAACUCGGCCCUUCUCGUCCAGAAUCUGUGCAGUUUGGCGGGCGAAACCCUAAGGAAGACCGCCUCCAACAGCUCCCUGCAGAGCAUCAGCUCCAAUUCGAGCAGCACCUAGUAGAAAGGAAGAGGUUUCUGUUUAGUCCGUAGGCUAGUCUUAGUAUGUAUGUAGCCACCCCGUCCCGCACUCGAUUCCGUUUGGAGUUCCGGAAAUCAAUUAAUCCGCAAAUAAGCAUCGAAAGUCAUAACUGAAAUCAAUUAAGCCCGAGGAGGGAGGGGAGGGGGACGAGAAGCAGGAGCGGGAGGAGGCGUAUUGAGUGUGGGCGAGCUGUCAGAGUCAGGAGAGGAAAUUGCCUUUGAUGCGAUGCGGUUUCAUGGCCAAACUUAAUUACCGCUUUCGGUCGGUGGGUCGCUCGGUGGUCCGGCGGCUUCUUUGUUUGAGUUUUGUGGACUGCAUAUUUGAUUUAUUAAGAGUCUGUUCUGGAGAGGCAAUAAUGUCCCUAAGAUACUGGGAAUUUAUGGCAUUUUUUUACCCAUUUAAUAAGUUAUUACUGGAGAUAAUAAAUUAUUUUGUUAUGGGAAAUUUGGAACCUUUUUCGUUACACCUCUUUAAAAGGGUUUAAGGUUAAGCAAAAAUAGUAAAUAAAAUAUCAUUUUCUUUAAAACGAAUUUGAAAAUGGGUAAUAAAUUUCAUUAUAUAACUGAGCAAACUAAGCCCCUAAUCCUAUUGUUUAAUGUAGUUAUGGAAAAUAUCUCUUUAAAGAAAAUAUCCCAUUCUGAAGGGUUUUUUGAUUUUAUUAAGGGAAGCAGUUAUUUCCGACCCUAUAAACCAUACAUAUUCUUGAUCAGCAUAAACAGGCGAGUCUUUCUGGCCAUCUUUCAAAACUUCAAAUUUUCAAAAAUUGGAAAAAAUUUUGAUUUCUUGAAAAACUAAAUUUAGUAAGCAGAUUUAUUAACCCAGAAAAAACUAGCAUAGAAAAGUUAUCCCAAUUAAAGUUGAUCCUUUUUUGACGUAGUUAUGUAGUUUUUAAAAUUUGAUUGGUUUAAAAAAUUACCAUAAAAACUAUGAUAAAUAUCCAUUUAAAGAAUUUAGAAUCAACAAAAGUUUGAAAUAUUAUCUCUUGUUACUUAUACCAGCUUUUAGUUUAUAUUGUUUGCUUUUGUUACUCUAGAAAUAUGAUUCCAAUUAACGUAAGCCACACUGCAGUGUCAUAAACCCCAUUAUCCCAGGGAAUCUUUCUUUCUUUAGGAUUCUCAGUGUUUGCUUUACCCAUGCGGAGCUUCUUUGUUGACGUCGUUAGUCGUUAGUCCUUAACUGCAUCAGAUCCCCCCUCUAAACAUGUCUUUGCUAUCCAUUUGAAUGACUUUGCAGUUGAAUUGAUAAAAUAUGCAACAGCAUGUGCAGAAGUUUGGAGCCAGGCUACGGGGACUUUUCUCCCCCCCAGGGAGAAAGAGAGACAGAAAAGACAGCUCACCCCUUUCCCCACGCCUCCGCUGGUAUUGAUUUUCAUUUUGGAAAAUGUGUGUAAGCGGAGGCGUCGCCGAAUGAUUACGUAUUGUAUCUGCAGCUGCUCGGGGAAUCCGUGUAUCCUUGUAUCUCUGGCAGCAGGCAGAAGGACACACGAUGGCUGCAUGUUGCCAAAUUGUUACGCAAAUGUUUUCAUUCGAUUAAAAUUCAAAUGCAAAAGCCCCGAUGGCAGUCGUCAUGGGUAUAUAUUUGUUGGCUUUGUUCUAAACUUGAUUUUGACAACUGACUCUCUCUCUCUCCCCCAUCCAUUAAAUAUGCCGAAACUGAAUAAUUAAUGCAGCGGCACAAGUCGGGGAAAACAAGACCUGUAAAUGGAAAUGCGUCAACUGCGGAAUUGAGUGGAGUUCAGCCUUCAGUCCCCUUCAGGGCUCAUCCUGCUCAGCUGUCAGUUGGACAGCUAUCGAGGAUUGGCCGGCUAAAGAGCGCACGGUUGUAGGUACCAAGUAUCUCUGUGUUGUAGACACGCCAGCCCAGCCAUAACGACUACGCACAUGACACUCCACUGCCGUCUUUUUUAUCAUCCUUCCAGCAGAGGCAGUUCAUGUUAUUGAAACUGACAGCGGGGGAGAGUCCAUUUUUAACCAGAAAAGGAGGAGGCAGGACUCCGGGAAGCACAAGUGGUGUCAGUUAGAUGGAUGGAGAAUCGAGUCGACAACGAGGACGAGUGUGAUUAGUUUUCCUUUUAGUGGAGAGCUCAGUGUGAGCUAGUGAGUGAGUGAGCACUCCCGAAUCAAUUUCGGUUGGCCUCAAUCACUGAAAGGGAUACCCUGGCAGUUGUUUAUUGUUCCUUGAUUGUGAGGUUGAGAUAUAUAUUUAAUUUUAUAAAUUAAAAGGUGAUUCUUUUGCAGUGUUUAGAAACAUAAAUUCCCUUAAAAGAAAUCUGCUUUAACUAUGUGUAAAGUCAAGCCAAAAACUUGAGCCUAAACCAAGAGGCAUAUCCUUUCAAAGCAAAAACUUCAUACUAAAAUAUUUAAAAUUAGUUUAUGCAAGAUUCAAGGCUUAUUUAUCUCGUUCUUAAACCUUUUUGGCCAACUUUCCAUAGUUAACUGAAUUUUUCAAGCCAUAUGCUUACUUAUUUCGGUCACUCCGUCAGCGGAUUGAGGCCAAAAUAAAUGCCAAGUUAAUUUUAGAGCCAAAAACCUCAUUUUUUUGACGCUGCAAAUCAUGUCGGUUAGACCUCAAAAAUUGCUGCUACCCUCCCAGACUAUACAAUAUGCAGGAAAUAUGGAAUAUAUAGGGGAAACGGAAUCGGAGACGGUGUCAUUGAGCCCCGACUUCGGGCGGAGUGGCAUGCGGUGCACUUGCAGUGCCUUUGCCACCAGUUCGAGUUCGUUUUGCAGUGACAGCAGACAGGAGACAGGCUACAAAAAUAACAUAAUGCCACAAACUAUAAAUGGAUUUUCAAUGCAGACUUUGCAGAGCACAAUUCAGCUUGCUUUUUCUCCUUCAUUUCCGCUGAGGAAAAUGUUUAAUUUGAUGGCACUUGGCGUUAACAUUUGGAGCUGCACCUGCUGUCAGUGGGAGACACACGAACACCAAGCUUCAUUACGUAGCCGAGACUUGUGUGCCACAGUCUAUGCUCAAAAAUAGGAUUUUUCUCUAGAAAAAAAACUAAGAAAACCUUACACUUUAUUUUGAAAACAUCAAAGGUACAUCCUUUUUGUUCCUUUCGCUUUAUUGCCUCACGCAUUUGCAUUUAUCUCGUGUCUAUCCGGAUGUCUGUCCUGGUCAGCCAGUCUCACUCUUCAGAGGCGUCGGUCUGUGCAAGUGCAUCUGUACACACCUGGCAAGAGGUGGAAUCCUUUCUGCAUUGCUGUGGGAUUUUCUGUAGAGAAAUUUGAAUAGAUAUAAAAAGUCAGUGUUUCUAUAAAUUCUCUCUACGUUUAUAUAUAUAUAUUCGACUUUAAUUGCAUGUUCGUGUCAUGUAUCUCCCUGACUCUCUCUGUGUGCUUUCCGGGGAAAAUGGAGGCGUAGGGAGAAACUGCCAGGCAACGCCCUCGACGACUUUUCAGUUUGAUUCCAGGACGAACCGGUGUGUGUGGAGUUUGUUUACGGGACAAAAGCAGAAAUAUUCCAAUCGGAAUCAAGGAGGGGUUCUGGGUUUCGCCCACUUGACUGACUUUCUCUAUGGUAACAAAUGCAACAUUCUUGGUUUUUUUGCGUUUCUCUGCAUUUUAUUUUUAAGUUUCUGUUGUUGUCAUGACCACUUGUUGUUGUUAUUGUCCCGGUUAUUGCCUUGCAUCAAUUAUAAAACAUUGGCUUGUUGCCUGUGGAUUAUUUUAUAUAUCUAGGUAUAUUGAUAUACAUCUUUGACAUGCAAGCCGAAAAAUGUUUUGUGUUUGAUGAACACACUGGAAAUAAAGUCGGGGCAGAGUAUAGAGAAUAGAUCAGAGCUUGCAAUAUCUAAAGCCUGCAAAGUACAAGCAAUGAGGUUAAGAUAUCAUUUCUUAUAUCGAUAUUUUUGGUCAUCCUAAAAUGAUACUUCUAACCAAGAAAGGUUACUUAAAUUUGCAGUAAUUUGUUUAAAACUAUUUAAAGUGUAAGACCACGCCUCUCCGCCAGCAGGAGAACUAUCCCAUGCUAGGCAAACGAAUUAUGAUUGAUUGGGGCAGAAAUUGGGUGCGAUAUCUCAUCAUCAGGGCCUACGCCUUGGACUACUCCACCUGCUCCUUCGACUGCUCCUCCUCCCUGUUGUUAUUAGCAAUGGUAGUUAGGUUAACUCCAAGUCCCACUCCACCUGGCCCCACGCCUUUGUUUUCCAAACCAGCAGUGACAUUUUCAGUUGCCUGGCUUUGCUUUUCCUUUUCCUUUUCCUCGGUUCAACGAACUCCUCCUCUGGCUCUCCUUUGUUGGAUUUUCACCGAGGCGGAAUACUCAGACACACACACACACAUGGCGGAGGUGCCUCCUACUCGGCCCUAUUUUAAUAUGCUUUUCAAUUUAGUUAAUGACUUUCCCCCCAGAUAUAUGUAUGUACGAAUGUAGACCAUAGUCCCUCCUGUAACUUAAGCUGACAACAAAUUAACAGAGAAAAUAAUAUAAAACAAAUAAUGCGUAUGAGACUGGAACCGGUGGAGGAGGUGGCAAGGGAAAUAAUGUAAAAGAUUGAAUUUGAAAGCCAGAGAGAUAAUAAUAAUUGUAAUAAUUGUGCACAGAUUAUAAAGCAAAAAUAUAUACAAACCUAUAUAUGUUUUGAUAAAAUGUGCAGUCCAUUGAAAAACGAAAUUGAAAACAAAGAGGAAAAUAUUUAUAGAGAGAAAACCAAGAACUAUGUAUUGAAAGCAGAUAAGUAUGCUAUAGAAACGAGUUGAAACAUUUAUGGUUAACAAAAGUUGAACUAGAGGAUUUCUGGCCCUGCUUUGUAUAAUAAAAAUAAUAAUAAUAAAAUCCAGAAAUAAAAAUAAUAUUACUAAUAACAAUAUAGUUACUUUCCGUUUGAUAUUUUUGCUAAUAUUUUGUGUACGCCGCCGCCCCUUUAGAACCUAAGUAAAUUGUAAAUGGCUCUUGAAAAAACCAAAGAGAAUAAAAACAAAAAACGUUAAAACGCAAAAAGAGCCCAGACAGAAAAGUGAAAUAAAAACGCCAGAGAACAAACUACAAAA